UAUAACUCUCUUUCUCCUCAUUCCAUAAAAGCCCAAUAACUUCUCUUUGUGAUCCUACACACUAAAAAGCAGUAAAAGGAAGCACAAAAGGUAGCAUUGAGGGGGUAUCUCAGAUGCACCAACAUCACCAAAUGUUGGCCUCCUCCUUCUCCUCUCCCUCCACCGCGGCCCCUCCCAUCGACCCCCCGUCGACACUCCAACAUGAUUCUAACGCCGUCGCCGCCGCCGCCACCAUCGCCGCUGCUUCGACAGCCACCAAGAGAAAAAGAAGGCCUGCUGGCACCCCAGAUCCUGACGCCGAGGUGGUGUCGCUGUCGCCACGGACGCUGCUCGAAUCCGACCGGUACGUGUGCGAGAUCUGCAAGAAGGGGUUCCAGCGCGACCAGAACCUGCAGAUGCACCGGCGGCGGCACAAGGUGCCGUGGAAGCUGGCGAAGCGGACGUCGCCGGAAGCAGGCGGCGGAGGGGGCGGGAGGCGGCGGCAGCGUGUUUACGUGUGCCCGGAGCCGAACUGCCUGCACCACGAGGCGGGGCACGCGCUGGGCGACCUGGUGGGGAUCAAGAAGCACUUCCGGAGGAAGCACGGCGGCAGGCGGCAGUGGGGCUGCGGGCGGUGCGGCAGGGCCUACGCCGUGCAGUCUGACUACAAGGCCCACCUCAAGACCUGCGGCACUCGCGGCCACUCCUGCGACUGCGGCCGAGUCUUCUCACGUGUGGAGAGCUUCAUAGAGCACCAAGAUGAAUGCACCGCCGGCGCCGGCACCGGCGCCCCGCGAAACGAGCUUCGAACCCCUCGAUCGGCCGCAGCCGCCUCGACGCCGACCCCAUUACCCGUCGACGUCGACGCCAAUUCUUGCACUGCGGCAGCGGUGGCGGCGGCGGUGGCCGUGGCCCCGGGACCAACUGUGGAGCUCCAACUCCUCCCCGCCGCCGCCACAAUCCCCGCCUCCCCCUCUUCGGAACAUUCCGGCGACGCCGAAUUGCUGCGGCUCUCCAUCGGCCCCGUCCUCGACGUCGGCAAGGAGCUCGCGCGGCUCGCGGUGGCCGACAAGGCGGCGGCAGACGAGGAGAGGGAGCUGGCGGCGGAGCAGGCGGCGGCCGCCGAGAGGGAGUACUCGGAGGCGGUGGCGGUCCGGCAGCGGGCACGGGCCGAGCUCGAGAAGGCGAUCGCGGUGAGGGACUGCGCAGCGCGGCGCGUCGCCGCCGUGCUCGGGCAAUUGACCUGCCACACAUGCCGGGCGUCGCACGUGCGCGCCGGCGAGAGCUCCGUCGACGUGCCGUGAAAUGAUCUCCACCAUGCAUGCAUGCAUGCAUGCAGUGUAAGUGGCACGUGCGAGUGUCCAUUCACUCACGUUUGGUCAUGA